GUGGGCGUGGCUAACGGACGCCUCUGAGGCGCCGAACAAGAUGGCGGCGGCUGCGGUGGCGGGAGACGGGCCCCGAGACACCCCCGCCGCCUCCCUUUCCUCCUCCUCCUCUGGCUCUUCUCCGGGGCGGUUCUCGCUGGUGGUGGUCUUCGGCCCCGGAGGAGGGAGGGCCGGGCUGCGGAGGGCAGCGCUGGGGUCCGUCAAAACCGGGAUCCGCUCUUGGGAUAUUGACCUCACUGCCUGCAACCUCGACCAGCAGCUCAAGCUUUUUGUCUCCCGUCACUCAGCUACUUUCUCGGAUAUUGUGAAAGGUCAGCGCGCCCUCCACCAUCGCGGAGAUGUCCUGGAGACAUUAGUUCUGCUGAACCCCUCGGACAAGUCCAUCUGCGAUGAGCUCCGCAACCUGAUCACGGACACUUCCCAGCACAAACUGCUGAUCUUUGCUGGCCCUUGUGUGGAGGAGACUGGGGAGCUGGUGCUGCAGACGGGCUCCUUCUCCCUGAGGGACUUCAUCCAGAUCUUUGCUGACAAAGAGGUGGGAGAGUUCCUCAGUUGUGCCAGUCCCGCAGCCAAAACCAGCUUGACAGUGGUUUGCCCAGAUUUCGGGGAAUGGAGGGAUCCCCGGCUGAGCCAGCACAACCUGCUCGACUUUAUUGACCUGCACUUCAACCCAGCGGCCGUACUACCUGAAAUGGAGGGGCUACAGGAGUUCCUGGAAUAUCUGUCGGAGUCCUUGGACCCCCCCUCGCCCUUUGACCUCCUGGAGCCACCCAGCACUGUGGGGUUCCUCAAGCUCUCCCGGCCAUGCUGCUACAUCUUCCCUGGGGGGCGAGGUGACUCCGCUUUCUUUGCAGUGAACGGUUUCAACGUCCUGGUGAAUGGGGGCUCUAACCCCCGCUCCUCCUUCUGGAAGCUGGUGCGCCACCUGGACCGCAUCGACUCCAUCUUGGUGACCCAUGUCGGAACCGACAGCUUGCCUGGGGUGAACAGCUUGCUGCAGAGGAAGCUGGCUGAAAUGGAGGAGGACCACCUUGCCUCCCAGGGCUCCCAGAAUGGCGACUGGAUGAAGAACCUCAUCUCGCCAGAGCUAGGGGUGGUCUUCCUCAAUGCCUCAGAGAAGCUGAAGACCAUUGAAGGAGACUCAGGGGUGCUAAAGAGCUGCGAUGAGGCCAGCUUGGCUCUCCAGUACCUGGACAGGUUGGGCAUCAGGCCGCACCCACUCUCCAGGGGUCCUGGCCCCAGAGCAGAGCCAACCGUCCUCUUUGAGAAGAUGGGCGUUGGACGCCUGGACAUGUACGUGCUCAACCCAGUGAAAGGUAGCAAGGAGCUGGAGUUUCUGAUGCAGGAGUGGUGCGGAAAGGGCACCCCCAAGGGGCUGGAACUGCCCUUGCAGUGCCUGACCUCCAUCUGUGCACUGCUGGUAUGGCAUCCCAUCAGCCCCAUGGAGAAGAUUGUUCGGGUCCUCUUCCCUGGUUGCACUCCCCAGAGCAAGAUCUUGGAAGGGCUGGAGAAGGUCAGGCACUUAGAGUUUCUCAAGCACCCAGUGGUCACCCAGAAGGACCUGGAGUCAUUUUCCUCUCCUGCCUUCAGCGUGCAGAGCAAGCAGAAGCGGCCGGGGAGCCAGGAGAGCCUCCGGUCAAGCUCUCGGCUGAGCCUCUCGGAGUCGAGCGUGUCUGGUUCCAAAGAGAAGAAGGAGCUGCCUCUGUCAAAACUUUCCGGUGCCAGAGAGAGGCCCAAGACACCUAGUGAGACCUCAAAGGCCAGUGGCGAGGAAGAGAGGACCACGAGGGAACCCAGGCCAAAGACGGCGUUAUCGACAGAGAAGCUCUCACAGGAUGUCAGGCCCAAACAGUCAAAGGAGAAGCUGGCGACCAAGAAGGAGAUGAAGAAGCCAACCCCAAAAGAAGGGGGAGCUCCAGAGAAAGAGUCAGGGAAGAGAGAGGCGAAGCCCAUGAAGAAGGAGGGUAAGGCUGAAGGGCCCCGGAGAGAAACCCCAAAGAGAGAGGAGGCCAAAAAAGAGACAAAGCCGCCGGCCAAGGAAGUGAGGAGACCCUCAAGCACCACCAAGAUGGGCAGCAGCUUCAGAAGAACAACAACCCCUCUAUCCAAGAAAGAAGCAGAGAGGCCAAGAUCCAGGUACUCAAGGGAAACUGCUAAAAAGCUGCCUUCCAGCACCACCAGCAGCAAGGGGGGCCCUGCGGAGGGGUCAGAGUCAUCACCUGAGAAUGGAAUGCAGGGGGCAGCAGGACAGGGGCCACCGGGGGCCGAAUCCACUGAUGAAGGCAUCACCACAGCUGAGAGUGAGUUGGACCCCUCCCCGCUGGAUGGAAUGGAUUGCUACAGCAAUGGCCUAGAGCCUCCCCAGAAUGGACUGUGCCCGGAGACCAACCCAGAGAGUCCACAGCCUUUUUGGCACCAUGGAAACAGCUCCCCACUCCAGGGCAUCAGUCCCCCUUCCCCGCUGCCCAAGACCCCCAAAAGUGACCGGAGUGUCAACUUGGAGAUGACCCCAAUGGAUGUCCAGGCAGGGCUCAACCACUGCCCAGAGGCCGAAGAGGCCUGUGGCAGCUCCGAGGAGAAGACCCUUGAGAUGAUGUCUCCGGCAAGUUCUGGCCCAGCCAGCGCCGGCCACACUCCGUUCCACCAGUCCCUGACUGAGGAUGCCUCCAUGGCAGAGGAGCCACCCAUUGUCCUCAAUGCCUGGAAGCCUGAUGGGCCCGGAUCUCGGACCUCCCGUGACAACUCCAGCUCCUCUCAGGAGAAGCACUCGGGGUGUCUCUCCCCCAGCCUCUUCCGUGAUGAUGCCCCGGAUGUCUCUCCCACCAUCACCACCCCAUCCCUGCCGGCCGAGGUGGGGUCCCCGCACUCCACCGAGGUGGAUGAGUCGCUCUCCAUCUCUUUUGAGCAGGUCCUGCCCCCUGUCAGCGAGUUCCCUCAGGAGGAAGCGGAGAAUUUCCGGGCCGGGGGGCUCACCCCGGAUUUAGACCCCGCUGCGGCAGCAGGCAAAGGUGGGAUGUCCCUGCCCAUCCGUCCCUGCCACCACCACCCAUACCCCAACGCUGCCCUGUGUCUGGAUGGCCACGCCUUGCCCCGCUGUGGCCGCCGCUCUGACUCCCCCCAUGAUGUGGACCUCUGCCUUGUGUCCCCCUGUGAGUUUGAGCACCCCAAGUCGGAGAGGUCUCCUUCAGCCAACUUCAGUCCCCGAGACAUGUCUAACAGCAGCGAUUUCUCCCAAGAGCUGACCAAGCCGCCUUUGCACAGAAAGACAGGAGCCCCCCGGGGACGCAAACCCCACCUGCUGGUGGACGAGACACCACCCACAUCCUUCAGCGAGUCUCUGCCCACCCUCUCGGACUCUGACCUUCCCCCUGCCACUGAGGAGUGCCCCUCCAUUACGGCCGAUGGAGGGCUGGACUCGGAUGAUGACCCGGAGAACCUGGCCCGGGCCCGCGACCCCCUCCCGGUGCCCCUGAAAGACCCUUGCCCGCUACCCGCCCAGCCAGGCAUCUGCAUGGUGGACCCUGAGAGAGAGGGGGCAGCUAAGGCUAAGCGAACACCCACCCGCGUAGGAUCUGCGCCCCCAAAGGCCAAUGCCCCCAAGGCUGCCACUGCUGCUCCAAACAAUCGGGCCAAGCCUUCUUCCGCCAGCCUGGGAGAGAGAUCCCGCUUGUCUGCCCUGGGCAAAAGCGAGCCCUUGGCCUCCCGAGCCAGUGGAGACAGCAAAGCCUCCCUCGGCCAGAGGACCACCGCCACCAGGUCGCCCCUGGCAGCUGGAAGGGCAUCUCCAGCAGGUGAAGAGCUUGAGCCCGGCCUGGCCCCCCCACUCGCCCCCAUCUACUUGGAGCUGGCCUACAUCCCAGGCUCAGCCAGCGCCCAGCGGGUGGAUGAAGACUUCUUCCACCACGUCCGCUCCCAGUGCUAUGUCAUCAGCGGCGAGGACCACAUCAAGGAGGGGAUCAUGCGCGGCAUCCUGGACGCCCUCCUGGCAGGGAAGCAGCAGUGGGCACACGACACACAGGUGACCUUGAUCCCGACCUUUGACUCGCUGGCCAUGCACGAAUGGUACACAGAGACCUUGGAGCGACAGCAGGCGCUGGGCGUCACUGUCCUGGGCAGCAACAGCACGGUGGCCAUGCAGGACGAGACCUUCCCGGCUUGCAAAGUGGAGUUCUGACUCCAGUGGCACUUUGGACCGCAGGUGGGAGGCCGGUGCAGAAGGGGCUGGAGACGGGGGAAGAGUCUCCUCCACUCUUUGGCAUGUUUGCGGGUAGGCAGAGAGAGCAUUUCCCUUUUCCUCCUGGCGCGCCAGAGGAGGGACGGAGGGAGAGUUGUUGCAGAUUUUUCGGGGCACGUUUCAAGUUCCGGAGGCAAAUUGCACCCACUGUUUGUCUGGUUUAUUGUUGCAUGUUCACACCGCCAGUGCUUCUAGUCCUGGUGAAGCCUGAGGGGAGGGGCCCACAGAGCUGGGGGGAUUCUGGGAGGCUGCUGAAAGGGAAGAAGCAUCACCACCCACACGCUGCUUUUGACCAGGAUCCCACAGCAUGAGCCCUCUCCCUAUUUCCCCUGGCAGGAGCUGAGGUUGAGAUGGGAGCCAACACUGUCAUCCUUCUGCUUGACCUCUGGGCUGCAUUGGGUUCCUAGUGCUCUCCCCAGAGCCUUGGCUGCUGGCAUCUUGUGGUUGGAGUGGGUGGGCUGCAACCCAGAUGUGGGUCUGGAAGGAGGCAGUGGAGGCUGUUUUGGAUGCAGUUUUGUUGAAUGGAUCUUUUUAUUGGGGGGAAACAGGGUAGCCCAUGACACAUGACACAGCAGCCCAUCUCUUACUCCUUCAAGAUGGGCAUCUGCAUCCCCCUCCCAUUUUAAACAAAUUCUUGACUUGGGGAGGGGUCUUCCUAUUCUCCCUCCUCUGAUGUUACCAGUGUCCCCUCCCAGUCCCCCAAAUGUGGAAUGGGUGGCCUGCCUUCCUUCCCCAUUUCCUUCCCUUGGGUCUCCCUUUGAGAGCCUGGCUGAGCUUUAAGAACUGCAGGGGAGGCUUUCCUGUUGGGCUGUCCAGUCGUCUGUUGUUUCGCCUCCUCCCAAAACCACAAUUUAGUUUCCUGGCGGGCAGGGGGCAGCUGUGGGGCUUUGUUGAGCCUCCCCUUCCCAUCUCUUUCCAGGGUGAAGGAGGCCCUCCACACUCCAGAUUUCUUCUUCUACCUCUUUUCUGUUGCAGACCUUGGAGAGUGGCCCUGCGCCCUCUAGAGCUGCUCCGUCCAAGACCGCUCUUAGCGAAAGGCGGCCAAAGGUGCGGCACUGCCCGUUCCCAGGUGUCUCUGCCACUUGAUCUUAUGUGUCUUUGUGCCCCCCUGCCGCCGCCUCGCCCUCAUUCGUUUGAAGGAAAGAUUUUGGGGGGUCUGCUGCCUACAGUGCAGCACCCCUUUUGCAAUGUGACACUAAACCUUCCAUUCCCUUAAGGAAAGGAAAGGCAUCUUGUUUGUUUUCUUAAAUGUCUAUUUUGUAUUUUUUCUAUAAAAAAAGUCAGAAAAACCAAAACUGUUAAUGUAUUGAAGGUUUUUAAUUUAUAGAGCCCUCACCUCUGAUGUUGGGCAGUGUUUACGAAGGCAGAGUGGAGGGGGGGUGAUGGAGAAGAAGGGUUUGUUGUGGGGUAUUAAGCCUGGCCCCCCCCCCCCCCUGCGUUACCCUCCUGCCCCACCGGAUUGGGCCCCUCCCUGUGUCUCCAGACUUGUAUGAUGUGUGUUUAGGAAAUAUAAAAAGUAUUUUUGUGGGGCGGAGAGACCAGAAUGUGUUCACCACCUUUAGUGCUUUAUAUAUUCUGCCUAGUUGGGAUCCUGGUUUUUUGGGAGCGACCGGUUCGGAGGCAGGACGGGGUCCAGAAUCCCGUCUUCUGAGCAGAAGGAGGACAUCGCUCCUCUUUCUGAGGAUGUCUGAGACCCUCCCUUGGCGCUCACUUGCUUAUUCCCUGACUGUAGGGGAGGGAAGGAGAUUGUGUUUGUUGUAGCCGUUGUCACACUUAAAAAACUGUGCAGCGUUCUUGCAAUGUUGCGUCUAUACACACACUCACACAGACACGGACACCUGCGCGUGCACACACUGUGUUAAACUUACUGCAAAAAAAUUAAAAUAAAACAUUAAAGAGAUGAGCAGCUC